AUCGCACUUAUCGAGUGGCGUGAUUAUUCGAUAGCCUAUGAUAGAGAAAAUGUACGUCAUGUGAUUGUGGAUUCUUUUUUCGCACGGAGCAGUCACCUGUCGACAGAAAAUACAAUUACGCCUGCAAUUCGACAGUGAAGAAAUAGCAAGAUGGCGGCCCAAAUACGCACCGUGGUGUCCCAAACGUUCCUGUGGCUCUUCCUCGCCGUGGCCACCAUCCUGACCCUGUACUUCGUGCUGACGGGCAAGGGCGAGCGGGUGAGCGUGGGCUGGUUCCUGGCCUCCUCGAACCCGUACAUGUGGGCCUGCCUUGGCAUUGGGCUCUCCGUGUCACUGUCCGUCGUGGGCGCCGCCCUGGGCAUCCACACUACGGGCACCAGCAUCGUGGGCGGAGGCGUGAAGGCGCCCCGCAUCAAGACCAAGAAUCUGAUUUCGGUCAUCUUCUGCGAGGCGGUGGCCAUCUACGGUCUGAUCACCGCCAUCGUGCUGUCCGGCCAGCUGGAGCAGUUCUCGAUGGAGACGGCCCUGUCGCAGGCGGCCAUCCAGAACACCAACUGGUUCUCCGGCUACCUCAUCUUUGGCGCCGGCCUCGCCGUCGGCCUGGUCAACCUCUUCUGCGGCAUCGCUGUGGGCAUCGUGGGAUCGGGAGCCGCCCUUUCGGACGCCGCCAAUGCCGCUCUGUUCGUGAAGAUCCUCAUUGUGGAGAUCUUCGGCUCGGCCAUCGGUCUGUUCGGCCUCAUCGUGGGCAUCUACAUGACCUCCAAGUCCAAGAUGGGCGACAAGGAGUAGGCGAAGUCGCCAGCCAUCCAGUCCUUCGCCCCCCAUCAUCCCGAAGAACAAGAAUCAGUCACCAAGGCAUUCCCCCAUCCCGAAGCAAGCACGCGCAACACCAGUGUUUGCAUAUUUUUUGGAAAUUACAAC